UGCAAAUGCGUGGGGAAAGGCCUGUAGCGCCAGCUUGGCAAGUGAAAAGAGAUGGCGAGUAGAAGAAAAGAAAAGCGAGCGCUCCGAUGACAAAAGUCCAGUCAACCAUAGGCUCGACACAAGCUCACGACGGACGGAACGCGACAACAUGAUGGCGAAGAAGCAUCAAGCACAUCGAGUAGCGAUGCGAUCUUCUAGCUGUUUUCUAAGGUCUCAACCACUGCUGUUUUUGCUUUGCUGCAUCCUAAUGAGUCACAUCCUCCCUCUGUACACAAGCGUGGCUUGACCAACUUGACCUGCACAGUACAGGUCAUCUGGACCAGAAUAAGCAACUGCAAUAUCUCUUGUGGAUAAUCACAACGAUACUUCUAGUGUACUAUGGCAGGCAUCUAUAACGGCCAUAUCUUGGAAUUUCCGUUCAUUCGGGUAGACUCUUUUGUCGCUCCGCCAGCAUCUCAUCGACCUCAAUGGCUUAUCCCUCGGCCUUUCUCGUCUCCAUCUGAACCUCUUGAAUUUUAUCAACCUCCGCGAGCUCAACUGUUUCUGUUGAGCCACACACAUGCCGAUCAUGUCGUGGGACUUACUUCAGAUUUUACAGGACAUAUAAUAUGCUCCCCAGAUACAAAGCGGAUGUUGUUGGAUCUAGAGCCAGAGAGGGAGAGACAAUGGCUGGAUAAAGGGAUUAGAGAGAUCAAAACCAAGAGAUUUGGAGGAUUGGCGGCGAAAAGAGGGAUUCAUGGGAAGGUAGUCGAUCGUAUAGAAGCGUUGCCAUAUGGACAACCUAAAGUGUUCACUUUAGGCUACGAAAGUGAGAAACCUCAGGAGAUAACUAUAACACUGUUGGAUGCCAACCACUGUCCUGGAUCGACUAUGUUCCUCAUAACGUCUGAUAAAAAGGCUGUCCUUCACACAGGUGACGUGCGAGCAGAUACAAGGUUCAUUGAUUCGUUGAAAAGGAACCCAAUCCUUCAAGAGUUUCUUGCUCCGGCUUCCGUGUAUCAGAAAGCCAAAAGUCUUGUUGGAGGUGGAAGAAGAGUGUUGGACAGGAUUUAUCUGGACACAGCAGCAAUACUGGGAACUGGUGAUAUGCCGGAUAAGGAGCCGGUCCUACAAGAGCUGGUAAAAAUCAUGGGUCUUUACCCCGAGGAUACUACCUUCUUCCUCAAUACUUGGUGUUUUGGCUGGGAAGAUGUUAUCAAAGAGGUAGCGAGGUAUUUCAAUGAAAAGGUUCAUGUCGACAGGUAUAAGAGGCAGAUCUAUUCUGCCGUCAGAUCUGAUCCUUUCCUUCUCAAUUGUACAACUACCGACCCCCAUGAAACCCGAUUUCACGCAUGUGAACGCUUCGCCAAAUGUGUCGCCUGUCGUCGAUUUGAUGAUGAGAGCGGCAAACCGGUAUACAAUCUGAACAAGAUGAUUGUACAUGUGAAUAUGGUAGAAGUGAAACAGGUAGGCUGGGACAGUAGGAGGCAGGGGUUUAUGGAAACAUUGUUCAAGGCGGCUGGAAAAGGUGGUCCUUGGCCACUCAACAUUGAUAUCCCCAUCUCACGCCACAGUUCUCUACCUGAAUUACAAUCACUUGUCAAGCUGUUUAAGCCUUUGGGUCUCACCCCCAAUACUGUCGCCUCCUAUGCCAAAGGUUUGGACUACUAUCUCUUACCUGACCUAUUCGAAGACUGUCUCUCCCCUGGAGGUUAUGAGCGUAUAGUAGUCGAGCGGGAUCAUUACCUUGGGCAGGUGUAUGGUAAAUGGUACACAGAGGGCCUGAAUAAGCUUAGGCAACAAGGUUUUGGUGUCUACCCCGACAUAGAUAAAAUAGAAAGAGAGGAUUACUACUACAAGCGAGAAGAUUAUCUUCCCGAAGAUAUGGUUGCCGAGGGCUCCUUAAACGGUAAGGCACAAAAAGUACUUGGCGCGACAAGGACGGACAUCUCGAUGGAUCAAGUGAGCCGCUUGGGAGGACUGCCUUCGCUCAGCCCGAAAGAGAUUUACAAUCGCGCUUUACGACUUAUGAAUCAGGCUCUCGUAGACAAUUCGAAGUCGGCGGCCAUGGACAGGAGCGGUGAGUGGGAGUAUGAUACUGAAGAGGAAUCAAUGGGGCGGAGAAAGCGGAGAAGGAGGUUUGCCAGUUCGCCAUACGAGUCAUCACAAGAGAUGAUAACAGAAGCUGAGAAGCAGGAGGAGGGCAUCCUUUGUGCAACACACGAGGAAACGAGAGACGAGAUCGACAUGAAGCCGUUCGUAGAUAACAUUCAAGGGAUACCCGCUCCAGAGGUUGCCAUUGAUCGAGCUCAAAUUCAGCCAACAUCGCCAUCCAAUGUCAAACUACGCCCACCGAAUCCAAAUCUGGUCAAAGUGAAACUUGAACCCGUAUCUCCUCGAGCGCCUUUACAUACUCUUCGGCCGAAUAUACAUCAUAUCUCUGGGGUUUCGAUGAGUGACAAGCUCCCUAUCACAGCUUCUUCCAGUACAAAACCUCCAGGCGGCCGUAAAAGAGACUGCACUGGAUCUCCAUACCCCUUCUCAAGCCAGAGCAAAAUGCGAGGAAAGCGAUCGAUGAGUAAAGAAGAACUUGAGAGGAUGCGAAAGCGAUUAGCCGAGGGCGGGGGGCCGGGGCUAGGGAGGGGAUUAGGACGAAUGAAGAGAGCGGAUGCAUAGGGAUUGGACAUUUGCUGCGGGUCAUCAUACAUGUCACUCAUGUCACUCAUGUCACUAUCUGUUGUUGUUUUUAGGAGAUGAACAAUUAGGAAAUGAACAGUUUUAUGUCAGGGGGGUUGUCGUAGUCAAAGAAGGUUGAAGGGGAAUUGCAUUUCCCCUUUGAUAUAAGUAAUGACAACA